UAAUCAUUUUAAAUAGAUUGUCCAGGUUUUUUUAUAAUUAAUUUAAAUUUUGCUUUAAUGCAGUUUAUCUUUCAUUUCUGCUACAUAAUAUUUGAGGCUAUUCUAAAGCAAAGAAUAGUUGGUUGCCUUUCACUUCCCAAACAAAUUAUGUGAAACCAGUUGUGACUUUAGGUACAUACAUGGUUUCGUACGCUUGUACUAACUACUGGCCAAUGGAUAAGGUGAUCCUAGAUUUUGUAGGUCAGAUAGCAGGACAUCUUUCUCAAAAUUUGAAGUUUUGUUUUGAUGUGAAUUUAUUUAAAUAUGAAAUUCAUACAGUGAGAAGUAUUUCUUCCCUGUACUCCGGGGAAACAUGGAAUGGCAUGAUCUGUCAACUUUAGAUUGUGCCCUCAAACUCUUUGGCUUUCUAGGAGAAGCCUAUGUAUGCUAAAGACUUACUGUUCUUUCUGUAUGGGUACUGUUUGCAACUUGAGGGUAGGAGAUUUGCAUCCAACAUUUGUAUUGUGUAUCUUCAUCCAUACUAAUCCAGAAUAACAGAGCCAAUAUCAAUUUUUCCCCCUUUCCCUAGAUUUUCAUAAGAAAUUAAUCAAGGCACAUAUAUUGGGGCCAAACCAGUUACUAGAGUACUUGUAUAAACUACACCAAUCAGUUCUUCAUUAAGUCCUGGUCCAUAGUAAAACUUGAAUUUUUUUCAAGAGGAUUCAUAUUUUUUCCUUCAGAGGGGGAUUCUUAGUUCUGCAUCCACCCUUUAAUGUUUUCCUCCAUUCCACUACCCCCAAUUAGAUAGACUCAAUCUGUCUAGGGCUACAAAUUACCACUACUUCCUGCACAGUCCUUGGGAAGAAGCACCAAACUCUGUGCUGUAAUCUGUCACUAAACAUUUCACCCCCAAGAGUCCUACAUGACUCUCAACCCUUUUUGGGCUUAUGUCUGUAUCUUAGGGAAGGAACCAUAAAGAUGAAAUUAGCAUCUUUUCUGGCAGAGCCAGAAUUUGAAAUGGACCUCAAGGUUGUAAUUUGACAAUGCUGCUUUCCGGUACGCUGUGUUUAGUUGGUACUGAUAAGCACAAUAAACAAGAUUUGGUUAGUCCACAUCUAAAAAAAAACCACAGUUGAGUUUGGGACUUACAAUGUUUUCUUAUCAACUUAAAAAUUGAAUUACUCAAUAAUCAGUAAAUUAUCAAGUAGCAUUUUCUGUUCCUAUAUUAUUUUUAAAUGACUGGACAGGUUUAAGAGUCUGUGGUUCUUAAACUUGAGAGUGCUUAAGAAUCGCUUGGAAAGCUUUUUAAAAAUAAAAAUUCCCAGGUCCCCCUGACCCCUAAAAAGUCUUUUGACAGGGGAGUGAGCAUACCAAUCUGCAUUUUUAACUGGGACUCCAGGCAAUUCUGAGAUUAACUACCAUGUUGAGAAACACAGACCUACAUAUUAGAUGUUAGAAAACGUCCAUUUAACAGCCAAAUAGCAUUUUUUUGUGAACCAGAGUAUUAUUUAGGUAGAGUGGGAUAAAACACAUUCCACUGAUUAUGAAACAAAAAAAUUUAUCAAAGUUAAUUAUCUUGCAUUUUUAGAAAUUUAUAACCUUGUAAUCUUGAUGUUUAUAAUACACUAGAGGGAUGAUACUGAUAAUUUCUUAACCAUUCUUUUUUAUCGUACAAGUUCCAGAAGCCAAAUACUUGUUUUGCUAAUUAAUCUAUUUCUGUCUCCAGACUCAAUUAUCAAAAGCAUUAAAAAGCAGUAUAUAACAUGAAAUGUUAGUGCUCCAUUACAAAUGGAUUUCCCUCUAUCAUUAGAUCCUCAGAGUUUAAUAUAGAUAGAACCUUUAAAAAAUUUAGAACUGGUGCUAAAUAAUGUAAGAUCCUUCCUGGUAUAGAAAUUUAUAUGUGAAUGACAAAGGUUCUUUAAGUGAAAUUAUUUUAACAAUCAGAACUGUUGGCAGAAAGAAUCCUCUUGUAUGUUUUAAUUCAGUUCAUAUUUAUAAUUUAUGUAAGCAGUGAAGAUGCCAUUGGAUUUUACUACAGACCGUGAUUGAAACUUGGUAAUCCAGGGUUUCUCCACCCAGUGCAUUAAAUCAGGCAGCCCCACAGGGUCUUGGUAGUCCAGUGUUUGUAACAUCCUUCUUUACCUGCUAAUCGACCUCACUUCCUGGAUUUCAGUCCAUCUAGUUAUCAGCUAACAAAAGAACAGCUUUCGGUUCCUGCAGACGCUGGUGAAAAAAUAAUCAUGAGAAAGAAAUCUACCUUAUGUCGUCUUUUUUGUCUGCAAAAAUAAACUCAGCCAUCAUACAGCUAACAGGUACAGAGGGAAGAUACAAGCUUUUUCAUAGGAAGAAAUUACCGAGAAAAUGAGCAUCAUUUCUCAAGGUUUUUAUUUUCCCUGAUCUACAAGUGAUGCUGCUGUAAUUCUAGCUGCAGUUUUUACCGAUCAUUCACCACUCAGCAGCUGGUAGAGAAGUAAGACUGCUUGGCAACCACCUGCAGGGCUGCAGAGAUGAAUUACAUUUUCGGAAACAACACACUUCUGUACUCUCGCGGCAGUCGAGGAGGCAAUACUAGCUCUAGCCAUGGCUCAGUAGGCCCAAAGCAGAAACACUGGGCAAAAAAGGGUUCAUCAGAUGAACUGCAAGCUGAGCCAGAACCUUCACGCUGGCAGCAGAUAGUUGCAUUUUUCACUCGAAGACAUAGCUUUAUUGACUGCAUCUCGGUAGCCACCAGCUCCACCCAGCCAACAGAAGCUGUUCCUCCCUCUUCUCCCACUGUCCCUGUGAUCCCUGUCCUGCCAGUCCCUGCUGAGAAUACUGUCAUCCUACCCACCAUACCACAGGCAAAUCCUCCUCCAGUACUGGUCAACACAGAUAGCUUGGAAACACCAACUUAUGUUAAUGGCACUGAUGCAGAUUAUGAAUAUGAAGAAAUCACACUUGAAAGGGGAAAUUCAGGGCUUGGUUUCAGCAUUGCAGGAGGUACAGACAACCCACACAUUGGAGAUGACUCAAGUAUUUUCAUUACCAAAAUUAUCACAGGGGGAGCAGCUGCCCAAGAUGGAAGAUUGCGGGUCAAUGACUGCAUAUUGCGAGUGAACGAAGUAGAUGUUCGUGAUGUAACACAUAGCAAAGCAGUUGAAGCAUUGAAAGAAGCAGGGUCUAUUGUACGUUUGUAUGUAAAAAGACGGAAACCAGUAUCAGAAAAAAUAAUGGAAAUAAAGCUCGUUAAAGGUCCUAAAGGUCUUGGGUUCAGCAUUGCUGGAGGUGUUGGAAAUCAGCAUAUCCCUGGGGAUAAUAGCAUCUAUGUAACUAAAAUAAUUGAAGGAGGUGCAGCACAUAAGGAUGGCAAACUUCAGAUUGGAGAUAAACUUCUAGCAGUGAAUAGUGUAUGUUUAGAAGAAGUUACUCAUGAAGAAGCAGUAACUGCCUUAAAGAACACAUCUGAUUUUGUUUAUUUGAAAGUGGCAAAACCCACAAGUAUGUAUAUGAAUGAUGGCUACGCACCACCUGAUAUCACCAAUUCUUCUCCUCAGCCUGUUGAUAACCAUGUUAGUCCAUCUCCCUACUUGGGCCAGACACCAGCAUCACCAGCCAGAUACUCACCAGUUUCUAAAGUAGUGCUCGGAGAUGAUGAAAUUACAAGGGAACCUAGAAAAGUUGUCCUUCAUCGUGGUUCAACAGGCCUUGGUUUCAACAUUGUAGGAGGUGAGGAUGGAGAAGGAAUAUUUAUUUCCUUUAUCUUGGCUGGAGGACCUGCUGAUCUAAGUGGAGAGCUCAGAAAAGGAGAUCGUAUUAUAUCGGUAAACAGUGUUGACCUAAGAGCUGCCAGUCAUGAGCAGGCAGCAGCCGCAUUGAAAAAUGCUGGCCAGGCUGUCACAAUUGUUGCACAAUAUCGACCAGAAGAAUACAGUCGUUUUGAAGCUAAAAUACAUGACUUACGGGAGCAGAUGAUGAAUAGUAGUAUUAGUUCAGGGUCAGGUUCUCUUCGAACUAGCCAGAAGCGAUCCCUCUAUGUCAGAGCCCUUUUUGAUUAUGACAAGACUAAAGACAGUGGCCUUCCCAGUCAGGGAUUGAACUUCAAAUUUGGAGAUAUCCUCCAUGUCAUCAAUGCUUCUGAUGACGAAUGGUGGCAAGCCAGGCAGGUUACACCAGAUGGUGAGAGUGAUGAAGUUGGAGUGAUUCCCAGUAAACGCAGGGUUGAGAAGAAAGAACGAGCCCGGUUAAAAACGGUGAAAUUCAAUUCUAAAACAAGAGAUAAAGGGGAGAUCCCUGACGACAUGGGAUCAAAAGGCCUGAAGCAUGUAACUUCUAAUGCCAGCGAUAGUGAAAGUAGUUACCUAAUCUUGAUUACAGAUGAGUAUGGCUGCUCAAAAGGUGGUCAAGAAGAAUAUGUCUUAUCUUAUGAACCAGUGAAUCAACAAGAAGUUAAUUAUACUCGACCAGUGAUCAUAUUGGGACCUAUGAAAGACAGGAUAAAUGAUGAUUUGAUCUCAGAAUUUCCUGACAAAUUUGGAUCCUGUGUUCCUCAUACAACUAGACCAAAACGAGAUUAUGAGGUAGAUGGAAGAGAUUAUCAUUUUGUGACUUCAAGAGAGCAGAUGGAAAAAGAUAUCCAGGAACAUAAAUUUAUUGAAGCUGGCCAGUAUAACAAUCAUCUGUAUGGAACAAGUGUUCAGUCUGUGCGAGAGGUAGCUGAAAAGGGUAAACACUGUAUCCUUGAUGUGUCCGGAAAUGCCAUAAAGAGAUUACAGAUUGCACAACUUUACCCAAUCUCCAUUUUUAUUAAACCCAAAUCUAUGGAAAAUAUCAUGGAAAUGAAUAAGCGUCUAACAGAAGAACAAGCCAGGAAAACAUUUGAGAGGGCCAUGAAACUGGAACAAGAGUUUACUGAACAUUUCACAGCUAUUGUACAGGGAGAUACGCUGGAAGACAUUUACAACCAAGUGAAGCAGAUCAUAGAAGAACAGUCUGGUCCUUACAUCUGGGUUCCAGCAAAAGAAAAGUUAUGAAAAUUGAUGUUUCUCUAUUGCUCUUUUCCACAAUCUCAUUUUGACACUUCUUUGCCCUUUCCUCUGGAGUCUGUCUUCAAAACUCCUUUCAUGUCGAAUCAUGUCACAUGCAUCAUGGUCUGCAGUUGCACUUAUUUUUGACAUCUGGUGUCUCCUUCCAGUUUUAUCAUCUGUAUUAUUUUAUGUCACUAUUGGCUUGUGGCCAUUUUUCAGAACUAAAGAUGGAAUGGCCUGACCAGCUAUUAAGGGUUCAGGGAGAUGCAGAAAUUGUGGUAAAAUUCCUUAAUGUUUAAGGGAAAGUAACUUUAAGAGAUUUUCAGAAAAGCUUUAUAUGCAUCCUUUUCAAAUUUCAAUACAAAUGAAAAAGUGGAUUUAAUCAGUGAUUUAGUAGACUCUGAGCAACUAUGCACGUUUAACUUUAAUAGCAUGGUUUGGCCAACAUAUUAGCUCUCAAAUCCUUUUCUCAAUUGGCUUCUGUUAUCAAAGCAAUUAUUUCAUUAUAGACAAAUAAGAAACAUAUGUUUUUUUUUAUUUCAAAAUUAAUGUCUGAGUUAACUUUCAUAAUUUCACAAGGGAUAAUUCAUUUUUCAUAAGAGUUAUUAAAGUCUUAUUGUUUGUUUGAGGGAGUUUUUUCCCAAUACAUUUGCUAGGAAUAACAAUGUUCAAAUGUUUUUAAUCUACUUGCAUGACACUAUUUAGAGUGUCUUACAAAAGUUGUUCAUACAUAAUGAUCAUCACAUUUUCUGAAUUGAGGCCAUGUUUAGGUGCUAAGGGAGCUUACCUUUUACUCAGAGGGUUGAGAAAAUUUCAUAGACAAAACAGACAUACAGUGGUGAUGUAGUAAUCAUUUUGGCAAUGGAAAAGGAGUCCAAUUCAUAGCCUAAAACUUUAGGUAUAUUCUUAGGGGUCAGAUUUUAAUGAAUAUUUUACCCACAAUAACUGCCUAUUUUGUUAUAAUAAAAUAUAUAUAUAAAUAUAUAUAAAACUUUCUUUAACUAAACUCUGUAACUAUGGGAAUUAUUUUCUUUACAUAGUUGCACACACACAAACAUAUAUAUAUAUAUUUAAAAUAUAUUUUUUUUCUUUUGCCACCUACUCCUAACUUUUUGUUUGGUUUUUAAAUUAAAUAUUAAUUGAAUAGACGUAUCCUCCUUAAUCAUGUGAACUGAAAAUGGGGGUAUGGUGUUUGUGAGGAGAAACAUUUAGGGAAAUUACAUUAUAAGUAAAAGUCUAAGCAUAUUCUCCUCUUUUCUACAGAAGUUUUCAAAUGGUUCCUGGGGUUUUUUGUCAUUGCUGUUCUUGUCAUCAAGUUUGAGUUUGGUUCUCUGCCUUUCCUUCUAGUUCUCCUUUUAUUAAUAGGAAAACAAACAAAAGCCCCAUUUAUGUAUGUGUUUUUCCCUCAGACAACUUCCAUCUGCUGCUCUGCACUAGGGUUGCACAGAUCUUCAUGUUCAGCAAUUUUAUGAAAUUUUAGUGAAAGGUAGAAACUACUUCAGAAAUCAAUUUCUCUGGUUCUUAAUAUUAAUAAUAUCAUUUGGCUUCCCAUUGGUCUUUGGAGUUGUUUAUUAAAUAUUUGUUUUUGACAACCUCCUCGUUAUAGUUUCUUUAAAAAAAUGAGUACUGGUUUGUAAAGAAUUAUCAACAUUAUUCAUUCCAUUUAUGAAGAAGAGGAGAACAGCUAAUAAACUUUAUUGUAAAAUUCA